AUGCUAGCAUCGGGAAAAUGCGAAGGAAAGGCAUGGAGCACGAAUCCAUACGUGACAAUCGGAAUUGCAUUAACCAACCAGUACUUUGUGCAAUGUGACGCCGGCUUCAUAGUACCUUCAAUUGUCAUCGAAGCACAUGAUAAACAUGGCGAUGGGCCGGAUGCACCCGCCGCCACAUAUGAGGACUGUGUCAUUCUGGAUAUCUCGGAUCCGGGAGGAGUCGUCCCCUACUUCACAGCCCGACGAGCACUGUCCGGCCCGUACGCCAUCUUCAUGGAUCAAGCCGAGAAUUUGAUGCUUGGCGCCAUCCUGCCGUUCUUGUGGCAAGGUGAGGAAAACGGUCGUGUUCGCCGCCAAGAUGACAUCCCGGAGAAGAUUCAAUACCCUCGAUGCAUCAAUGUGGCCGGACUGACGAAAGAGGAUCUGCAGAGGGUCAAGGACGACCAGUUUCUGAACUGCGACACGAACAUCUUUGUCCAGUUCCGAAACGGCAACACCAGCGGACUGGCCAUCGAUCCGCCGCCAUGCGAGGGAGCCAAUGACACUAAAAUCUGCACGCAUCGCCACGGAGCCCCAACCGAAACGACCCCCAUCCCACCGGCCACAGAAGCUGCUGCCCUAUCGACUGAGACGCUGAUCGGAAUUGGGGCUGGUGUCGGUGGCCUGGUCCUACUGCUGGCCUGUGGUGCAUUGCUGACGUGGAAGCUCAAAAAGAAGAAAACGGAGACGGUGGAGGAUCCGGAAAAGACGGAUAUCUUCAACGCUGAUGUCAGCCUCGCCAUCAAGGUCGGCCUUACCGAAAAGCCAGUUCGCCGGGGUCACUCGGUCAGUUGCUCCAAGAUCUGUGACGGGCAUCUGUCCGCGGACAUCAUAGCACCGCGCGUGCGCAACCCCAGGCCCGGCACCUAUGAACUGACGGACAAGGGCCAUGCCCUGCGUAUCGACAUCGAGAAACUGAGAGCAUGGAAAUCGGCACACCCAAAGAAGCCCGACCGCCGACCGUACACCUGGGACGUUGGCAUGGAACCCGGCGGCACGAGGGGCGCAUUGCAUAUCCUCGAAAAGUUGAACAGUGAACAAUAUCUCUCGGAAGACAAUGAAGGGCCGAUCUACACGCCGGACGCCCAUCACCUGCGGGCCCUUGUCGAUGACCUGGCCGUGUCGAUGCUAGAGGCUAAAGCGGUCAUCAAGACGGAUCUACAGACACUCGUCGUUGGGGACAUCUAUGGAAAUUUCAACGACCUUUGGCGCAUCUUCCAUUACUGGCUAUCGCGGAUGAGCGAAAAAGGCCCCGAAAUCAACCUCCUCUUCCUGGGUGGCAUAAUCAAUCGUGGACCCCGUCAAAUUGAAUGCUUGGCCUUGAUCCUCAGCUUCCGGACGCUUUUCCCCAGCAGGGUUUUCAUCCUUCGGGGUAAUCACGAAGACCCGGCGAUGUGCUCCAAAUUCAAGGCCGAGCUCAAGAACCGUCACUACAAUUCGGAUCUGAUCGAACUGAUCCUCAAGCAGGUCUUCUCAAAUAUGCCGGUCGCGGCGCUGAUUGACGGACGUGUUCUGUGUAUGCACGGCAUGCCAUCAAUCGAGAUGACCAAAAAAGAUCUGACCUCGGGAUGGAUGUUGCAUGACGCUGGCUAUACGACGAUGAACAAAUGCAUUGCCUGGAACGAGCCAUCCGAGGAGGUCGAAUUUUACGAGGCCAACUUCCGUCGCGACUGUGGCCAUCGCCUGGGCAAAAGGGCUAUCAAGGAAGCGAUGGAGAGGCUCGGCGUUCAAUUCAUCAUCCGCGGCCUGCUGCCAAUGACGAACGGCCUGCAACGAUUCUCUGACAUGCCCCUGGUGACCGUCUUCUCGUCAUCCGACUUCAACGGCAAGGGCAACAUGGGCGCCCUGCUGAUCGUCGACCCGGAGACCCUCGGCAUCACCCCAGUCUUCCUGCCCAGCAUUAAGGACAAUAUUAAGACCCAAAAGGAAUUCGACCAGAAAUUGGCCGAAGGAUGGAAAAUCGACAAUUACAAGGUGGAACGCCCGGAGUACACCGUUGAUGUGAACGGGCCGGCGCAGAAGAAAAAGAGACAUAGCGCCAGCAAGGAA